AUGGCCAAACGCCUGAAGCAUUUAGAGGAGGCUCAGAAGAAAGUUUGGACAAACAUUGCUCGGAGAGACGUUGCUAAGGUGUAUAAGUAUGCCGCGAUGGGCUACCAAGCCCGUCAAGGUCAGCAUAAGCGCUUGGCCACACUAUCACCCAUUCAAGCUUGUCGGCCUUUCACAAGGACUGCAAAAGUUCAUUUAGAUGUUCAAGCAAAGGGCAGACACCUGAUGCGUGAGAUGCUAGUCUUCUGGAAGAAGAAUGAGCGGGAAGAGAGAGAUUUCCGAAAAUGCGAGCAGAAAGAGGCUAUUGAUAGAGCGAAGGUCGAGGAAGAGAAACGGGAAGCCACGCGCCAAGCACGCAAACUUGAGUUCUUGAUCAGCCAAACUGAGUUGUACAGCCAUUUCGUCAGUAACAAGCUCAAGAGUGAGUCCUUGCAAGGAGAUAUUCCUGAAAUUUCGGCGCCUGUGGGUGCUACUCUUGAAGAUGUUGACCCAUCAGUACUUCAAGAGAUUGGCUUUGAUGACGAGGACCAAACCAACCUUCACCGACAUGCGCGGCAUAACGCUCAGGAAGCUAUCGCUCUAGCCAGACAAAGGGCUCAACAGUUUGACACUCAGGCUGCACUCGAUAGGAAAACGAACGAGGCUUUGAAACUUGCCAAAGCUCAGGCUCACAUCAGGGACGAUGACGAGUCGGGGCUCUCAGGCGCUUCGAAUACGCCCUUGGUUGACUGUAAGUUCUUCCUGGAUACUCAGGCUAAAGAGGUUAACAACGGUCUACACACAGUGGACUCCGACGAGCUCAACUUCCAGAAUCCGACGUCACUCACUGGAGAACUUAAGAUCAAGCAACCGAAUAUCCUCAUGGCGCAGCUGAAGGAGUACCAACUCAAAGGUCUGAAUUGGCUUGCUACUUUGUAUGAACAGGGUAUCAUUGGUAUUCUCGCUGACGAGAUGGGUCUUGGGAAGACUGUGCAAUCGAUACCUCUCCUUGCCUACCCUGCCGAGGUACACGACAUAUGGGGACCAUUUUUGGUUGUCGCACCAGCCUCUACAUUGCACAACUGGCAACAGGAGAUUACUCGCUUUCUGCCUGGUCUGAAAGCCCUUUACUCAAGACCAGCAGUACUUCCAGCGCGUGAAAUGGCAACUCUAGUGUACGGUGGAAAACAUUGCCGAGAUUCCAAUGUCGCAAUCGUUUGCUUUUGA